AACUUUAAAUGGGCUUUACCUAACCCAGCGAGCUGGAAAAAUGGGUAAACCGAAAUCUAAAAAAAAUAAUUCUAUGAUAGAGCAAGAGAAAGAACAAAGGAUGGAGCACAGCCUGUACUUUGACAUAAGUCCUGAUCAAAUGCCAAUCAUCUAUGCUUCAGAAUAUAACAUUACCUUUGGUGGUUUGGAAAAAGUCCAUCCAUUUGAUGCUGCUAAAUGGCAUAAAGUACAUACAUUUUUAAAAGAAGCUAGUAUCAUAACUGAUACCUCCACAGUGUCUCCCAAAGAAGCCACAGAUGAAGAUCUGAUGACCGUCCAUCCUCAAAGUUAUCUGAAUAAAUUGAAGUGGAGUGCAUAUGUAGCACAAGUGACAGAAGUGCCUUUUGUAGCUCUGUUCCCCAAUUUCUUGGUGCAAAGGAAGGUACUCAAACCAUUCAGGUAUCAAACUGGAGGGACAAUACUGGCAGGCAAACUUGCACUUGAACGAAAUUGGGCUAUUAACAUUGGAGGAGGAUUUCAUCACUGCUCAAGAGAACAGGGUGGUGGGUUUUGUGUUUAUGCAGACAUCACUCUAUGCAUACAAUUCCUUUUAAGAAGGCAGAUGAUUCAGAAAGCAAUGAUUGUUGAUUUAGAUGCCCAUCAGGGUAAUGGUCAUGAAAGAGACUUCUUAAAUGAGAGAAAUGUUUAUAUAUUAGACAUAUAUAAUGGGCGUAUAUAUCCUGGAGAUGUGUUUGCUAAAGAUGCCAUUAAAAGAUGUGUUGAACUAAGACAUCAUACUAAAGAUGCUGAAUAUCUAGAGAAAGUAGAUAUGCACUUGGAAGGAGCCUUGAAUGAGUUUCAACCAGAUAUUAUUGUUUACAAUGCAGGGACAGACAUUUUAGAAGGUGAUCCACUGGGCUGUUUGUCCAUAACACCAAAGGGUAUCAUCGAAAGAGAUGAAAUUGUUUUUAGGAAAGCAAAAGAACGUAACAUCCCUAUUGUGAUGCUUACUAGUGGUGGAUAUCAACAUGUUACAGCAAGAGUAAUUGCUGAUUCUAUAAUCAAUCUUUACCACAAAGGAUACCUGACAUAAUUUUUAUGAAUGUAAACAUGAAUGACCAUUUCAUAAGAGUAGAGUUUGAAAUUAUAAUUUGAAAGUGAUAAACAACAACUUAUUUUGAAUUUGAUAUUGCGAUUGUUUUCAAAUUAUGAAUUUUGUUUUUAUUUAGCAACCUGGAAUAAAAACACUGUUUGGUGAAGUAUUUGUUAUGUGGAAGGUAAAAGAAUCUGUUAUGAUUAAAGAUAUUAACUGCUACCAAACAAAAUAAAUUCUAAAAUCUUUUGCAAAUGAUAAUUGUAACUAAGAGAUGUCUUUUGAGAUACCACUAUAACAUUCCUUGAGUGGAAUUUUGAUUAAUGAAAGCAGUUUUAAGUGAUUUUUAACAUUCUAUUGUGCAUUUCACUGCCUCUUAACUCCUUGCAGAUCAAAUUGAUGAAAUGAGCCCAAAAGAUAUUAUUUAAUUGGAGCAACUAACUGUGAAUUCUGAUAUUAAAACAUUUUUAUUGUGAAUUUUAAGUAUUCAGAUUUUGUUUUGUAAGUUAGAUGAUUCUUUUUGUUGAA